AUGGACGCCUUCAACUACCCCAACCGCCUUGUCCAUCAACCAUACACAGAGUCCUUUGGCUCACCAGUACUACUCUGCUCGAGUCCCGACAACCAAAUCAUCGACCACUGCUACCCGGAAGACUUCCAACCCAUGUUCAACACCUGUCAAUCACCUAUGUACCGACCCAUGCAACCCAUCCUUCCCACUCAACAUGCGCCAUACUCUGGACAAUGCACACCCACAUGGCCAGAGUCAUAUCCCUACCAACCGGUCUUCAUGGACUACAACUUCAACGUCGUCCGCUCCAGCCCAUCCCUUCUUCCUUCUAUCGAGCAAACAGCUCUGAGCCGCCCCGUCUCGAGAGCACCUUCAUUUAGAUCCGACACGAGCUCAUCAUGGAUGAGCUGCCCGAGAAGCGAGCCCUCUCGCUCUUCGUCGCCCAAUGCUGGAGAGAUGUCCAAGUACGGAGCUCCCAGUGAGGAUGGCACAUGGAGAUGUGCCUACCCUGGCUGCACAUCCAAGUCGGUCUUCCGCCGAGGAUGCGACUUGCGCAAGCACUAUCGCAGACACACAAAGACCCUUUUCUGCCGCCAUAUCGGCUGCAGAUCAGCAAGCGAAGGGGGCUUCUCUAGCGAGAAAGAUCGAGCACGCCAUGAGGCUAAGCACGAUCCCAAGAUCGUUUGCGAGUGGGACGGCUGCAGUAGAGUGUUCAGCAGGGUGGACAAUAUGAGAGAUCAUGUCCGCCGCAUCCACCGCCGCAAGCUUGUCAGAUGA